AAACCUGCGAUAUCUCUUCCUCCUGACUGUCCAUUCUAGUUUGCUCUACAUCCAAAGUUUACACCAUGUCUGCUCUCAACGGCUGGCACAGAGGCGAAUUGGCCAUACAGCGGAAGCUCAACUUUGACGGUCCAAUGGCUACUGCCUGGACUUGGAUUGAUGGUGAAAUGCCUGAACAGCACAAAGUGUUCCACACAACACAGCUGCCAUUCGUUCCUGUCACUACUCUCGACGACAAACGGAGACCCUGGUCUUCGAUUUUAGCAAGCCCAAAUGGUCAACCAGGAUUUAUAUCAAGUCCCCACUAUACCGAACUUACCAUGUCUGCCAAAGUAUGGGACGGAGACCCUUUCGUAGAUAACUCGGCACUUCUGGCCCACACAGAUCAUAUGUUGAUCGCUGGCAUCGGUAUUGAAUUCUCGACUAGAAGGAGAAACAAAUUUGCUGGUUGGAUCAAGGAUAUCAAAAGUAACGCAGAUCGUUAUGAAGUUAAAGUGGUGGUAAACCAGGCAUUAGGGAACUGUCCUAAAUACAUUAACGUUCGAGAUCUAAUACCUCAUCCCGUUACAAAUCCUAAAAUUUUGCAUCGACGUCUUGAAUUGGCAGUCAACGAACGCCUUCCUGAAGAGCUGAUAUCCUUUGUUCAUGAGGCGGACACAGUGUUUCUGGGGACGUCAUAUGAAGCGACAGAACAAGAUACGCUUGCAUUCCCAUCACAUUUAGGAAUGAAUCAGCGUGGUGGUAGACAGGGUUUCGUUCGAGUGUCGCCCUCAGAUGGGCGAACCCUCAUACUCCCAGACUACUCAGGAAAUCGACUAAUGUCAUCCUUGGGGAACAUUGAAGCCACGCCCCGUGCUUCUAUGACCUUCGUGUCGUUUACCUCUGGCUCUAUCCUCUAUCUUACAGGAGACGCAAAAACACUCAUUGGAAAAGACGCACAGCGAGUCAUGCCGCUCCAAAAUGCCAUAACAACGGUUUCUGUGACAGGCUACGUAUUUGUCGAGGAUGCACUUCCAGUUAGACAGCUUCCAGGCAGCGAGGUCCAACGCAGUGCCUACAGUCCUCCAAUACGGUACCUUGCUGACGAAACCUCGGCUCUUUCUCAAUAUUACAAUGACGAUACGCAGGUCAUGUUAUCGAGCGUUGAGCUUCAUAGUCCUGAUAUUGCGACGUUCACCUUUCAAUCAGAGCAGGAUCUCGAGGUAAAACCAGGUCAGACGGCCAUCCUGGACUUCAAAGCCUUCCUUGGGUCCCAAAGGUAUCAGCAUAUGGCGCCUACCAAUCCUACAUCAGUGAAUGAUGACCGCAUUCGUACCUGGACCAUUUCUCGAUCGAAUGGCUGGCAUCGACCAGCUCCACUACCCUCACAGCCAGCACGGUCAUUUUCUCUCACCAUGCGUAGGAAACCUGGUGGCGCAGUCACCGAGGCUCUCUUUUCGAUAUCGAGCAGGCUUGCUGAGAUGAAAUCAGAGCUUCUGGAUGACACUCGGCCCCUGGGUCUCACUGUCGGCCUGGUUGGGAUAUCUGGUGAUUUCACGUUGCCAGAAGUCCUAGCAGAUGCCUGUCAAGACCCGCGCACCACCACCGCCAAUCAUCCUCAAAAGCUUUUGUGGAUUGCGGGAGGUAUUGGUGUUACGCCUUUCAUAAGCAUGCUUAACAGCCUCUCGGAUCUUCGUGAUUCUUCUCCCAACUCCACGCAAAGCUACGAUAUUAAUCUUCUCAUAUCUACUCGCGAACCCUCGGUCCUUCUACCCCUCAUUACUCGAGCUUUGCAAACAAAUGCUGAGCUUAACCAAAAGGACCAUGGAAAUACACCUACCAUGAGAAUAACGAUUGAUGUCUUCACGACCAAUGACGUAUCUGAUAUUGUUCUGGACGAAAUGAAAGGCAUAGGUGUUACGCUGAGGUGCCACCGGGGUAGAAUUUCUGGCGCUCUUCUAAAGGUAGAGACUUUGGGCGACUUAUCUGAAAGAAAAAUCUACCUAUGUGGGCCCCCGUUGUUUGAAGAUGCGGUUCUGGCUGAUUUGGCCUCUGUUGGCAUCGACGGGAGUCGAGUGAAGCGGGAAAUGUUUGCAUAUUGAUCCAGAAAAUCUACCUUUGCUGUAUAGUACCCAUUGUGUAUAGCUUGUAUUUUGUAGGCCAAGUGUAUUAAAACUCACUACUCUGUAAUAUGCUCAAUAUAUGCUCCAUGUUACAAAGAAAC